AUGAAGGUAUCGGGCCUAGUCGGGGUGUUGGAUUUGGUAAUCAGACUGAGAUCUUGCACUGUUGUUUCUGUCCUGCUGCGACGCGCCUGCUGGCUGCGGAAGUACGUGUUCCUGUGCACGGCGUGCGGCGGCCUCGCUGUGCUGCUGGGCGCGCUCUUCCUCACCGUGUACUUCAUGCUGCGCUCGUACACGUCGUCGCUCGCCUACUUCGAGACGGUGCCCACGUACGUGCCCGCCGCCAUGCUCAUCGGCACCGGCCUCGUCGUCAUGUGCCUCGCCGGCCGGCGAAACCGCUACGCCUAUUUGAUCAAGCUGUGCGGCGGCUGCUGCCUGGCGUGCGCCGUGCUGUGCGUCGUCGUCACCAUCACUACGACGGUGGUGCACAUGAACCGCCUGCAGACGCUGCGCGAGUGCAUCUACACGCAGAAGACGCAGACUGGCAUGCGCAGCGUCCGCUACGUGUUCAACGCGACGCCCGACUGCGAGGUGGUGCACGGCGCGCUCUACUCCUGCCUGCGCGCCAUGUUCGGGCUCUCCGUCAUCGGCAUCCUCAUCUGCAUCUUCUCCUGCAUGCUCGUCUACCAGCUGCUCAGCCACGAGAAAAAGAAGAUGUACUGGGAGCAGCUGGAGAUGCGCUGCCGCUAUCUGUACCGCCAGCAGCGCGCGGCGCCCCCCGCCCACCACUGCGCCUGCUGCGAGGAGUGCCGCUUCCCGCCGCCCGCGCCCCCGGAGCUCUUCCCCUGGGAGGCCAUGGACGACAGGUAG